AUGAGCAAUAUUAAAAUUCAAUGUAUUUCAAUUAUUAAUUAUAAAAAUAAUCCUUUAUAUAUUAAAAAUUUUAGCACCACACAUCCCGACUUAAAAUAUCAUUAUAUAGCACAUACAUCAUGUGAUGUAAUUGAAGAAAGAAUAAGUGCUGGAUCGGAAGCAACUGAUACAUACCUUGGAUUAUUAUAUGCAAUGGAAGAUUUGGCUGUGCAUUUAUCUGAUCCAAAUAAUAAUGGAAAAUUAAAUCAAGAUGAAUUUGCUGUUGCAAUGCAUUUGAUUUAUAGAAAACUUAAUGGUUAUGAAAUUCCUACCACACUUACUGCUGAACUUAUACCACCUUCGACGAGAGAUUUGACAGAAAGUGUGGACAUGCUCAAAAAUUAUCUUGCGUCUGAUAUUCAUAAUCAACAAUUAGGCACUGGUGGUGGUUCCAACAAUUAUUAUUUGAAAUCAAGAAGCUUUACUAAUUUACCAGUAACUAGUCAUAACGAUGCAACAAAUUAUAAACAUAAAGAUGAUGAUAUUGGUUACGUCUCUUCGUCAAGAUAUAAAAUUCCCUCAACAUCACUGUCGUCACGUGAGUGUAAAAAACUUAUGUUGGAAUAUUUAAAAUGUUUAAAACAAAAUAAUGGAAAUAAUGGAAAUUGUAGGCAUUUAUCAAAAUCAUAUUUAAAAUGUCGAAUGGAAAA